UAAGUUUAUGGUUAGAAUCAGAAAUUAAUGACAGGACAAGAUAAUUUUGUGAUUGUAUUUGUGAAUUUAUGAUAGGUUUUUUUGUACAUCGAAAAGCUUCCCUGUAAACUAUUGCAAAUUAACUGGUCAUGAAAUCGUUUUGUGAGAGAUGAGUGUCUUUGGAGAUUUUCAACGCGUGUGGGUGCAACGAUUUCCAGAUAGUACCUUACCAGCCGCUUGGGAGGAAGAUGUCAGAGCCAAUUUGUCUAAACACAAACAAAAAGUGGCUAUCCUUAGAGAAGAGUUGGAGAAGGAAGAAUUUUAUGUGUCAUAUUUAGAAACAUUGCUCUCAGAUGUAGAGAAGCACAAAGCUGCUCAGGGCAACAGGGCGGCGCCGCCCUUGGUGCCUGACUCGAAUGAACCUGACAAGACGUCUGAUAACAAACAGGAGUCCAAUACAGAUUCAUUAUCUAAGAAGAGUGAAACCAGUCUCGCAAGUAGUGUUGACUCUACAACAGAGACUGUAGAAUGUGAAGAAGUGCAGCUUAGAAGCAAACCAGUGCAUGCUGGUGAACGGAGUUCAAUCAACCAAUGCAUUAAUGAGCUUUCAUCCAAUUUGGCAGCAGAAGCACGGAGAAGAUGUCAUAGUGAAAUUGUGCAAAGAACUGAUAAUAUUCAAGAUUCUAAAGUAGCUGUAGAUCAAACAAGUCCAACCCAAGUCAAAAACCGUCCAACGUCACAAAGUGGUGAUUUUGUAACAGUCAUCGAAGUAAAUGGUCUGAAACUAGCAGAGAAUGCAUCCAAGAAGACAGAUGAGUCCCCUCAGUCUUCUGAGAGUAGUCCUGUUGAACCUACGGCAGCUGCCAAAAAGAAAGUUCCACCUAAGCCGCCGCCGAAAGUGUUCAAUAAGCGUGGCGCGUCACUGCCUGAAUCUGGAUUGGUUGAGGAUAGUCCGCCGUCUUCUUUGGGCAGGCGGAUGCGAAAUGCUGAGUCCAGGGAAUCCAUUGCUAGCCGAGCGUCAACACCUUCUAUCAGUGAAAGGGUGAAAAGCUACGAGAGCAUAAACUCGUUAUCGUCUGAGCGCAAACGAUCUGGUGGAGCGGCAACUCCUCGCUCCAUCGACGAGGAGGUGACGUCUACCACCCCCGACCUCCCGGAGGGGAGUGACGACAAAUCCGCCCCCAUAUCUUUGGAAAGCAUCCCCGCCGUUGUCCCUGCGGAGGACGAGCCUUACUACGACCAAGUGCCGUCUGACAUGAAUGAUGGGGAAUAUGUUUAUAUUCAAGCAGGUGGCACUGGUUCGAGCACAGACGACGGUUCAAGCGGGACCAGUACGCUAGCACUGAGCGCAGCAGCGAGCGCGCCGCCCGAUCCUAGUGUGACGCGAGGGCCCGACUCUCCUCCUUGUGCGACUGCCCCCAAUUACGUCAAUAUACACUAUUUUAUACAGCAAGCUGGCGAAGGAGUGGAACCUAGUGAAGUAGCGUCCGAACUGGUGGACUCCACGGAUACACCGUUGCUGCUCAGGGCUAUAUCUUCAGAUACCGAAGCGAGUGCUACACCUCCCGCUUUACGAAAAUUACAGACUCAGGAAUCUACUAAUAGCAAUGCUGAAGCAGAGCGACUCACGAUGCACCGCUGCAUUGUCAAGAGCAUCAUUGAAAGCGAAACCGUUUAUGUUGAAUGUCUGUAUGUUAUGGAAAAGUAUAUGAACGCCAUAAAAGCUACUUUAUCAACAUCUCAACCGGUGAUUACUGAAGAAGAGUUUAAUACAAUAUUUUAUAAGAUAUCCGAAUUACAUGAAUUACAUAAGAAUUUUUUGGAAGGCCUUAAAGCCGCUGUGGCUAGUUGGGAUGAACCAUUGUCAGUUGGAAUCCACUUUAAAAAGAUGGCGGAAAACAUCAAUAUCUACGGCGCGUUCCUGCACAACUACGGUCGCGCGACAGACGCGGUGCGACGUCGCUGCAGCACGUCGCAGUAUUUCGCGGAGCUGACGCGCGAGAUCGCGUGUCGCGGCCAACCGAUGUCGCUUGACGAUUUGUUGCAUAAACCCGUCGCAAGGGUGCAGAAGAACGCGCUCGUUUUGCAUGAUCUCAUUAAAUAUACACCAGCUAGCCAUCCGGACCAUACAAUGCUGACGGACGCGCUAAACAUGACCCAACAUUUCUUAGACGAGUUCAACAUUAUACAGACGAAAUCUAUGUUUCCUAAUGCAGAUCGUGCACAACGAAGACUGGUCAAAAACUCAUUUAUAGUAGAACUUUCUGAUGGGCAUAGAAAAUUAAGGCAUCUCUUCCUUUUUAACGACGUUAUCGCGUGUGCCAAAUAUAAGGCUUCGGGUCGUGACAAGUUCACGUUCGAACUGAAAUGGUUCAUUCCUUUACCCGAUAUCGUCGUCGUGGAGGAAGAAGCCGGCGUUGAGGCCCGGGAGACUUCGCCGGCUAAUAUCGUGGCGCUCAAGUCGCAGGCUUCCACCGUACGUGAUCAGAUCCUGGCAGAGGAACGAGCGGUGGCCGAUGAUAAGAAAAUCCGUAUUGGCAGCCGCGGCGCCCUAGAGAAGCAGCGAAAGAAAUUAGCCGAGUUGGAGGGACAACUCGUACUGGCGUCGCCGAACUUGGUAUUCCGCGUGGGCGCCAAGGCGGCCGGCGGAGGCCUACAGCGGCAGCACGUGUUCUUCCUCAGCUCGGAGUUCGAGCGCACGCAGUGGAUCGACUCUAUACAUGCGUUACAGGCAUCAUCAGCGCCGCCGCUGGGCGCGACCGCGAUCUCCAUGCUGGAGCUGCAGGCGUGGGUGACGGCGUGCCGCAGCUUCCUGCAGACGGACAUGGGGUCGUACCUGCUGCGCAGCGGCCGCGACGACUCGCUGCUGCUCGGCGACCUGCAGCUGCACAUCGGGGGCUGCACUUCGCCGCUAGACACGCAGGCUGAUUAUUACAUAGUAGUGGAGAUCGAUUCGUACGGUCACUACUUCCGCAAGGCGAAGUCGAAACUGGUGUGUCGAUCAGCGCAGCCGCGGUGGAACGAAAACUUCACUUUAGAUCUUGAGGGUUCGCAGAAUCUGCGACUACUGCUCUAUGAAGACGCUGCAAGACCUGUGCUGAGAGGAAAGUGUACGCUCAAGUUGUCCCGCGAGUGGGCGCUAGAGACGGGCGGCGUGUGCCGCGCCGUGUCGCUGGGCGGCGGCUCGCUGCCGCUGCGCCUGCGCAUUCUGCCGCCCGAGAGAGAGGCGCGCCGCGUGCCGUCCGCCAAGCCCGGCGCGCUGUUCGGCGCUAAGAUCACGCACGUCGCCAAACGUGAAAAACGCAAUAUUCCGUUCAUAAUAAGCGCUUGUGUGCGAGAAGUCGAGCGGCGAGGAAUAACUGAGGUGGGCGUGUACCGCAUUUCCGGCAGCGCGUCCGAUCUAAACCGCCUCAAGAAGAGCUUCGAGACUAAUGCUUACGAAGCCGAGCAGCUACUAAAAGAAGUUGACAUCCACUCUGUGACGGGCGUGCUCAAGUUGUACUUACGGGAACUGCCGGAGGCUUUGUUUACGGAUGCGCUGUAUCCGGAACUCAUUCGAGCUUGGGGCGCCACCCAGGGAGCUGGAACGUCUGUAGACUCCGGCCCGGCGCACACGCGGCGACAUGCAUUGCUCAAAUGCUACGCACAACUGCCUGAUUUAAACAAGAACUGUAUAGAUUUUCUACUCAAUCAUUUUGUUAAGGUGAAUCAGCACGAGCGCGAGAACAAGAUGUCUCUUCACAACCUGGCGACGGUGUUCGGGCCGACACUGCUGCGGCCCGCCAGCGCCGCCGCCGCCAAGCAGCGCACCGACCUGCUCGCCGCGGGCACCGUCGACGCCAUGGCGCAGGCCGGCAUCCUAUACUGCCUGUUGCAACAUCGACAGCUCGCCGCGCAACUGUCCUCGCACCAACGCGGGCCCAGCAUGAUGGACUGAACAGGGACUAUAAACACAACUAUUUUCUAACUUACCCUUCAGGGUAACAAAUAGUUUUACAAACCGAAAACAGAGAGCUUGUGGAUAAAUUAGGCCAUUCCUUUUGGUUGCAAACUAUUGUUUUUAACCAAAAUUAUAUCCAUCUUCGACAUCCACAGCAUAGACGGCUGUAGAAAACAGCUUUCCAAUUAGAAAAAUAUUUUUUGUAAGAUUUUAUUCCUUACUAUUAUUAUUAUAGAUUUUGAUCUUCUUGCUUGAAAUUAAUAAUAAAAUCUUUGAAUUUAUGUUUUGGGUUAAACCAUCAACAAAAUAGAUUUUGAUAAAUAUAGAUGAAAAUUUAUCAUACACACAAACAUCAAUCGAAACUUAACGAAAAAUGACUCAAAAUUCAAGAGUAAUGACUAGUGUCAUUACAACAGAAGGACCUAACGUGAUAAACAACGGAACUUGUUUAAUAAAAACUUUCAGAUAAAUUUUUGUACGCUGAUGUAUAUCAUACACUACUUAUGACGUAAAUAAUGAAUAGUCAGUGGUAUACACUUCAAAGAUAUUGUGGCUUCAACAAGCUGCAAAUUUGAAGCUAUAUUAUUCCUCAUACCGCCCUCUACUGGCAAUCGAUUUUUUGUAAGGUUUCACUUUUUUUUAAUUUUAAACGUGGAAUCGCAUAUCGAAAUCCUGUAAACAAUAAAACUACCAGUUUCUAGAUGUUUUAAUCGUAAUAGGGAAAUAUGACCGGCAGCUUGCGUCAAUAUAAAAUUUAGGCGUUGCUUUUUAUCUUUAUUGUUAAGUAAAACGUCCGUUAAGAAAGUUCAACGAAACCAUAAAUACAUUCCAUAAAUGCAAGAACAGACUGAUUGUAGAAAUAUUGAUUAUUGAUAAAUAUCAUAUACAUCAAAAUUUUCAUGUAAGUAAUUAACAAUUUGCAAAUCAAGCAUAAAUACAUACAUUUCCUUUAUGUAUCAAGUAGCUUUAUGUAAGUUAGCGCAUUGUAUGGAUUUUUUGUCUGCGGAGUGCAAACUCUUUAAAUUUUGUACAGUACUAAAACUUUAUUGAGUCGCAUCGGUAAUUAACGGUAUUGGAUGAUAAAUUGCACGGCGCAGAAUAGCGCCACCUACCGCUGAAUCAAAUCUUGUGAAAAUUCAAUUAAAUAACAACCUUAAUGCAAGUACAUAUAACUUAAAAUCCAUACAAAUUUUCUCCUAUCUAUUAUCUGUGACAUAAUAGCGGGUUCAAAUAGUUCUUAUAGGCUCAAAUUUUGUCGCGCCAUACAAAAAUUCGACUUCCGCGCAGGAAUAACUUAUAAUAUGCCAAAAUCGGUGCAACUUAUAAAAAUACUAUUUGUAUAAAUAUGAUUCUGUAUAGUCAGGGAAGUUUUUGUCGUCUGCAGACAUUCUCUCGUUUACACAAGCCUUUAUAAUCAAUACCCCUCCAGGGAACUGAUUAUAGUGUUGGUUGAAUAUUGUCAGCAUGUGGGCACCAAGUGGCGAAAAGUUGAGUAAUCGAAAGUAUUAUUAAAAGGGACCGAAAUGAUUAUUAUAAAAAUUUGGACUGAUAAAUUUAACAAUCUAUUGUAACAAAAUUUAUAAAAAUAACACGUCUCAGAUAUUGCCUGUAUUACACGGGAUACCGUAAAGAUUUUUUUAGGUAUUAUUUUUAUAUUCAGUUAGUGCAAUGAAAACGUAGACUUCUUUUUCGAAGUUGUGAAUGAGAAUGUAUAAAUAAUUCCAAUUAAAUUGAAUAUUAGCACGGCUCGCACGCUAUCGCUGUUUUGGUUUUUAUUAUGACGUGAAACGAGACAGCGACAGUAUUUUCUUUUAGAUAUUAUUUUGGAUAAUGAACAAACUAUUAUUUUAAACAGCAAUUACCUUAAAAUGGUAGUCAGUGGAAGGUGAAUAUUUUGUGAGAUGUGAAAUGAUUUUUCACGAAGAUUCUAGAAAAGUUUACUAUUUUAGCAUUUUUAAAUGCUAGUCGUGUGAAUUAUUUCGUUUCGCAAUAUUUAUUAAGUUUCAUUAUAUCUACAAUAAGCUAAUUUUGUGUUGGUACCUGCAUUUGAAGAUGAAUGUUUGGCGGAAUGGUUGGAUUUAAUUUAAAACUUUGUCCUGUUUUUUUUUUUUCAAUUUUGCAGCUAAUUUAGGCUUUUUAACAUUUGUAUUAUAUUUUCGUCACAAAUAUGUAUUGACGAAUUCUUUAGAUAACACUAAAUUAGAGGGUUUAUUUUCACAAGUAGUAUAGAGGUGUUACAUUAUUAGUACUUAACAUAAAAUUUUACCAAAAAGUCUUAGAACAAAGUUACUGCAUUAUUAAAAUUUGUAUUGAUUUUGUUGAAAGACAUUAAACGUUUAAUUUACGACUGUUUAUGAAUAUAAUAAUAUAUUGUUAUUAAUAUUAAGUGCAUAUUGUGUUAUUUCUUUAACUAUAUUCAGAUUUUUGUUUUUCUUCGCCAAAGAUCGCUUUGUAUCAUCAUCAUUUAAAAACACUUGUAAUGGACUCUAUGUAUUCAACCUUUGUACUUGUAUUAUAAUUUCCAAGUCGAGACAUGUCGGGUACGUAGAACUGGCAAGGAUAGGUUUUAUUUUUAUCCCACCACUGAAAUUUCUAAUAUAUAAAAAUAAGAAUUAAAAAUUCAAUGCUAAUUCUAACAUACCUAGAUACAGGGAAUACUUUUUGUAUACCGACAAUGCAAUAAGCUUUAAAUAAGCUAUCUAGUUUUAUAGCCAGUAUUUUUAUGCUGGAAAUUGCCGUUCAACCGUUUAAGUAAUUAUCAUUAUUACCAUUCUAUCACUAUCGAGGAUUAUAACAGGUUUCUACUUACGUACUAUAUACUUAAUUACAGAAACCAAUUAUAAGACAAGGUAUAUGUGAUUAUUCUGCUUUGGCAGAACUCCAUGAAAUUGUAAAAAUAUAAUGUGCAAAUGAAAGAGAAACGUUUUUUUUUUUUUUCAUUUUAGACGCUUUUUUAUUCUAUUAUACCAGAAAGGCCAAUAUCUUGGUCAAAUAGUUAUCAUAAGCUUAAAUAACUGCAAACAUCACAAAUAAUUAAAUUUGUUUGACAAAAGAAACCCAAAAUAGUGUUUAUUUAAACUUUAUUCAUGUAGUUCACAUUAUACUUCUAUAGACUGCCUUUCGAUAUGCUUAUUGCUGCCAAAUUAACUGUUGCCAAUUAUAAUAUUCUUGACAAUCUGUAGUAUUAUAGAAUGUCUAGACAUAAGGGUUCUUUAGUCACAAGUUUUAAUAAUACAGUCAAAUAAGUUAACCAGAAAAGUGAACACAUUUUUUAUGUACCUAUGUUGAGGUUUCUAAUGAACAAAGUAAUUGUAGAAGUUUAACAAUUUUGUCUAUGUAUUUUGACUGAAUUAAGCAUAGCAUAAAUUUUAAACCCUUCGCUUUCCCCUUUUAUUCAAGGAAGCCCGAAAUGUUACCUUGUAAUCAUUUCAACCUCUUUUUAUUCGUUAUUACUAAUAAUAAUUCAGCUGUAUUAUAAAGUAUUUAACAAUAUUUAGUUAUUAAUGAUUAUUAUAAUACCCAAUACUGUGUAUUUGAUUUUUGUAUAUAAAUGACACUAAAAUGUAGUUAAAACUUGCAAUAAAAUGUAUUUUUAAUACACCUUUA